CACACUUCUCAAAACAUAUUAAAAACACAACAAAAAUAAUAACAAACCCUAAAAAAAAUACUAUCAAUAUUAUGGGAACCCUUUACCAAGUUCCUCCACCUAAAAGUGUUCAAGACCUUAAGGUCACAAUUCUAGAUUCAUGCCUAAUUUUCUCACCAAAAGAAAAUGAUGUCCAAAAAAAACCAAUGUUUUUAUCCAACAUUGAUCAAGUCCUAAACUUUGAUGUCCAAACCAUACAUUUCUUCACUCCAAACCCCGAAUUUCCCCCAAAAAUUGCGUUCAAAAUGCUUAAAAACGCGCUACAAAAGUUGUUAGUGCCGUAUAAUUUUUUGGCGGGAAGGGUUAAGGUUAAUCAAGAGAGUGGUCGAAUUGAGGUGGAUUGCGAAAAUUUCGGGGUAGGGUUUGUGGUAGCUAGUAGUGAGUAUAAGUUGGAUGAACUUGGAGAUUUAGUUUACCCUAAUCCUUCAUUUGAGCAACUAAUUACCAAGAAAAUGGAUGAUAUUUUGGAAGUGGAUGGUCACCCUCUUUGCAUUGUUCAGAUGACGGCGUUUAAAUGUGGUGGGUUUGCAAUGGGUCUCCAAACCAACCAUGCAAUAUUUGAUGGUACAAGCAUCAAAUACUUGUUACAAAAUCUAGCAGCCUUGGCAGGGGACAAACCCUUAGCAGUUGUCCCGUGCCACGACCGUGAGUUGCUCGCCGCUCGUUCUCCGCCACGUGUCACGUUCUCGCAUCCCGAGUUGCUUAAGCUUAAGAUCCCAAUUGGACAAGAGGGUGAAAUCGAGCAGAACUGCAACGUAUACGAUACCACCACUCAAGAUCUAGACUUCAAGAUCUUUAGCCUCUCGGGAAAUGACAUUGCUACCCUUAAGGCCAAAGCAAAAGAGGGGCCCACAAAUGGAAAUGGGAAAAUAACAGGAUUCAACGUGGUUUCUGCUCUGGUCUGGCGGUCUAAGGCGUUAUCUAACUAUUAUUGUGACAAUAACAAUAACAAUAACAAUCAAGAAAAGAAGUCAUCAACCAUGCUAUUUGCAGUUGAUAUUAGACCAAAAUUGAACCCUCCCUUACCACCAUCAUUCACCGGAAACGCCGUUUUAACGGCGUACGCAAACACGGACUGCGAGAUCUUAGAAAAAGCGCCGCUCUCGGAACUCGUAGAUCUCGUGACCGAAGGGGUGACGAGGAUGAACGACGAGUACGCCCGGUCGAGCAUCGAUUGGGGUGAAUUGUACAAAGGGUUUCCUCAUGGGGAGUUCUUAAUGUCUUCAUGGUGGAGAUUAGGGUUUAAUCAAGUGGAGUAUCCAUGGGGUAAACCCAAGUAUUGUUGCCCUUUGGUGUACCAUAGGAAAGACAUCAUAUUGUUGUUUCCUGAUAUUGAGGAAUCCAAUUCCGGGGUAAAUGUUUUGGUUACCCUUCCACACAAGGAGAUGGCCAAAUUUGAGUCUCUUUUCUACAACUUCCUAUCUUCUUAGUUUAACGUACUUCCUCCGUUCAUUUUUAAUCUUACACGUAUUAAACGGAAUAUUUAGAAGUACGGGUACGUAUGAUUCAAUGAGAUUCUUCUAAUUUCCGGCAUAGUUGGUUGUAUUAUUUAUGUCCUUGUUAUGAAUUUGAUUAUGUUGUUUGAGUA